UCACGUGACCCGCCUGGCGCAGUCGCUCGCGGAAGUGGCCCAGCCUCCGCAGCCGGCGCGGGGGCUCCGGGCGCCCCGCGGGGCGGGCAGGCUGGGGCGGGCACCGCCGGGCAGGCCCGCAGCCGCUCGCCGAGAUGGUGCACCUGUACAACCUGCACCCGUUCGGGUCGCAGCAGGUGGUGCCCUGCAAGCUGGAGCCCGAGCGGUUCUGCGGCGGGGGGCGCGACGCGCUGUUCGUGGCGGCGGGCUGCAAGGUGGAGGCGUUCGCCGUGUCCGGCCAGGAGCUGUGCCAGCCGAGAUGCGCCUUCUCCACCCUGGGCCGGGUGCUGCGCCUGGCCUACAGCGAGGCCGGGGACUAUUUGGUAGCGAUUGAAGAGAAAAACAAAGCUACGUUUCUGCGUGCGUAUGUGAACUGGAGGAGUAAGAGGACUGAGAGCUCUCGAGUGUGCAUCCGCCUGGUGGGGCACAAGGUGGAGGCGCCCUUCAGCCAGACCCUCAGAGACCAGAUGUCUAUUGUGGAAAUGCCGCUUUCCGAGGCCCCCCUGUGCAUUUCCUGUUGCCCUGCGAAAGGAGACCUUCUUGUUGGCUGCACAAAUAAGUUAGUCUUGUUUAGUCUGAAGUAUCAGAUCAUUAAUGAGGACUUCUCAAUAGUGGACUUUGAACGCUCUUUAAUCAUCCACAUAGAUAAUAUCACUCCUAUUGAAAUUUCUUUUUGUGUUGGAUAUGUUGCUGUCAUGUCAGACUUAGAAGUCUUAAUCGUAAAACUGGAGUCAGACCCUAAAAAUGGAGAGAGCAUUAGUCACUACUCACAUGAGACCAACAAGCCAGUGAAACAGGCAGAAGGCACCAGGAAUGAAACUUUGCAGCUUGAGUCAGAUGAUUUUGUUAUCUGCCAAAAGCCCAUGGAACUCCUUGGGGAAAAAAGUGAACAGUCUGGAGUAUCGGUUACGCUGGAGUCAACAGGAUUAGCUGAUGAAAAAAUAAAAUAUUUCCACGUUCAGCACCUGCUCUAUAGACGUUUUGCUCCUGAUAUCUCAUCCUACGUCUUGUCUGAUGACAUCAAGUUGCAUUCACUUCAGCUGCUACCCAUUUAUCAAACUGGUUUUCUUACUUCUGAUAGAAAAAAUUCAUCUCAGGAAAAAGAGUUGCUGAGUCUCUUUUGUUUUUUCUCCUUGCCUCAUGUGGGCUAUCUCUACAUGGUUGUCAAAUCUGUUGAAUUAAUGUCAGUCUACCAGUAUCCCGAGAAGUCCCAGCAGGCAGUGCUCACGCCACAGUUCUUGCAUGUCAUCACAAGUAACAACCUGCAGUGUUUCACCGUGCGGUGCAGCGCGGCGGCAGCCCGGGAGGAGGACCCGUACGUGGACACCACCCUGAAGGCUUGCCCACCUGUCAGUAUGGAUGUCUGUGCUUUAAGGAUACAGCUUUUCAUAGGCUUGAAAGCCAUCUGUCACUUUAAAAACCACGUGGUACUUUUGACCAAGGCCAACCCUGAGGCCGCGCCAGAGAGAAGAGAGUCACCCAAGAGGCUUCUUUCUAGAACAGGUACCAGUGUUAAGCUCAAAGCACCUCCUGCAGCUGAGGCUGGGUGGAAUUUGUACAUUGUGAAUACCAUCUCGCCAGUGCAGCUGUACAAAGAAAUGGUGGACUACAGUAAUACCUACAAGACUGCAAAGACCCAGGGCUGCAUCCACCUUCUGAGCGAGGCUCAUCUGCUAGUGCGAGCUGCCCUGAUGGAUGCCGGCCAGCUGGAGCCUGGAGAGAAAGCGGAGCUUUUAGAAGCUUUCAAAGACAGCUGUGGGCACCUGGGAGACUGCUACAGCAGGCUUGACAGCCAGCAUUCGCACCUCGCCCUGCCGUACUAUAAGAUGUCUGGUUUGUCUAUGGCUGAAGUUUUGGCCCGAGUGGACUGGACAGUCGAGGAUGCAUUGCAGAAAUACGAGAGGGGAUUAAUCUUUUACAUUAAUCAUUCACUUUAUGAAAACCUGGAUGAAGAAUUAAGUGAAGAGUUGGCAGCAAAAGUGGUUCACAUGUUUCAUGUGGCUGAGCCGAAGCAGCUGCCCCACGUUCUCUGUAGUCCUUCUCUGAAGAAUAUUAAUCCUUUAACCGCCGUGAGCUAUCUCAGGAAACUGGACACUUCUGGGUCUUCAUCCGUCUUAGUGACGUUGACCAAGGCAGCAAUGGCUCUGAGAAUGGGGGACCUGGACACGUACAGAAAUGAAAUGGAAAUCCAUUCAGAGAUGAAGUUGGUAAGUGGCUUCAUUCUGGAGCCUCGGCUGUUGAUCCAACAGAGGAAAGGACAGAUUGUUCCAGCUGAGCUUGCAGCACACUUGAAGGACACUCAGCCUGCAUUGCUUGUGGCUUCAGUCCUGGGCUUACAGAAGAACAACAAAAUUGGAAUUGAAGAAGCAGAUUCCUUCUUUAAGGUGCUCUGUGGUAAGGAUGAAGAUAAGAUUCCUCAGCUCUUGGUAGACUUUUGGGAAGCUCAGCUAGUAGCGUGUCUCCCAGAUGUGGUACUUCAGGAACUCUUCUUCAAGCUCACAUCACAGUACAUCUGGAGAUUAUCUACAAGGCAGCCCCCUGACACCAUACCAUUGCGAACAUCAAAGGAUCUGAUAAAUGCCUGUGGUCAUUAUGGCUUAAUCUAUCCAUGGGUUAAUAUCUUACUAUCAUGUGAUUCCUUAGCUGAUAAAAAUUAUACAGAAGACCUUUCAAAAUUACAGUCUCUUAUGUGUGGUCCUUCAUUUGACAUAGCGUCCAUUGUCCCAUUCUUGGAGCCGCUCUCGGAAGACACUUUGUCUGGCCUCAGUGUCCAUGUUCUGUGUCGUACGCGUUUGAAAGAGUAUGAGCAGUGCAUAGACACGCUGUUAGAGAGAUGCCCGGAGGCUGUCAUUCCAUAUGCUAAUCACGAGCUGAAAGAAGACAACCGGACUUUGUGGUGGAAAAAACUACUGCCUGAACUUUGUCAGAGAAUAAAAUGUGGUGGAGAGAAAAAUCAACUUUACCUGUCGUCCUUAAAAGAGACACUGUCUGUUGUUGCCGUGGAACUAGAACUGAGGGAUUUUGUGAACGUCCUCCCGGAAGAUGGCACCGCAGCGUUUUUCUUGCCGUAUCUUCUUUACUGCAGCCAAAAGAAAUCAUUGACUUGAAGGGAUCAUUUGAAAAACACUACAGUGGCUAUGAGACUGAAUUUGAAAAAACUGAAUGCCAGGUGAAAAUAUAAAUAAAGGAUUUUCAUAUUGAAUAUGUACAUAUAUUGCAAAUGCUUUCCAGCUGCUUACCUUACCAUUUAAUGGUAUUAUUAGUUUCUUAAUUUAUGACCCAAAUCCAUUUAAUUGUCCGGUAUAUAAAAAAGCUACAAGACAUAAUUUCCUCAAAGAAGGCAUAUAUUUUUAAAGAGAGAGUCUGACUUUUAUUCCAGGGAACAUCAAUUCACGGUUUUUGGAGACAUGACAAUCUUUUUCAUCCAAGAAACAUUUUGUAAUUAUGCUUGAAAGAAUAUCACCCCAAGUGGUCCAGAAUUUAAUCUUGAUUUUUCCAGAUUUCUCUGUGGGGUCACUUUUAAAAAGAAAUAAUUUGCUUUGAGAAAGACUUUAAUGUUUUCCCAUGGUAAAGUAGUUCAGACUUUAUUUCCUUGUUACUUUUAAAACUCAUGCCAUGUUUCUCUCUGAAACAAAUGAAGUAGACCUUUACAGAGCUAACUUUCUUCCUGUCUGGCUGUUCACACGAUCUGUUGAAUGCGUGUUCUUCAGCCAGAGCCUUGUUUCCAUCUCUGGUUGAUGUGUAUCUACUCUUGCUCUCCUAACUACAGCAUAUGUGAAAAUAAAGGCAUAUAUCGUGUGUCCACA